CUUAUUAUAAGCUUUAAAUAAUGCAAAUUUAAUAAAAACAAGCUUAAUUAUAAAUUUAAAGAUAUAAUUAAAGAAAUUGCCGAUCGGAAGAAUCCUUUUUCAUAAUUGAAUAUUUAAAAAGCCAAGUGAAAAUUCUAAUUGCCAAAUAAAUUUUGAUGCGAACCUGAGCAUUGUGCUCCGUCUGGAUCGAAAGCAAUUGGUGGAGAGAAACGGGUGACGUCAGCAGCCAGUGGAAGAGGAAACCAGAUGAUAGAGAGAGAGCGUGCAUGAGAACUAUGACGGUGGUUUUUGGAACAUUUCCCAAAGGUGAUAGGGAGUAUUUAGAACAAGAUGUCAUCGCCAGGCAAAUGGCUAUACACGCUGCUCGGUCGACAGUCGGCCAGCCCCGAAUUAAACAAAAAAUGGGAUGGUAGCAGUAGUAGCAAUUGUGGAGAAUUGAACGUUUCGGUGGAAUUACACGAACUAGAAGAUGGCAAACAAAGAUUUCAUCAGCCGCGAAUGAGUCUUUUGGGUCGACCCAUCACGUGCAGACACAGGCCACGCGACCCUAGAUAUAGAAAAUUUCAGUUGAGAAUAUAUAACUUUUUGGAAAGACCACGAGGCUGGAGAACUGUCUUGUAUCAUAUCAUGGUGUUUUGUAUGGUUUUCUUUUGUCUUGUGCUCAGUGUAUUUUCUACAAUAAGCGAAUACGAACAGAUCUCUAGUGAUAUCUUAUUGAGAAUGGAAAUACUUAUGGUAGUGUGGUUCACAUUAGAAUUUUUCCUACGCCUUUGGUCGGCUGGUUGUCGAUCUCGUUAUCAAGGUUGGAUAGGACGUUUAAGAUUCCUUCAUAGCCCCUUCUGUAUCAUAGAUAUAAUUGUGAUUAUCGCAUCGAUUAUUGUCUUGGCCGUCGGGAGUAGUGGCCAAGUGUUCGCUGCUUCGGCUUUACGUGGCUUAAGGUUCUUCCAGAUUCUAAGGAUGGUGAGAAUGGACAGACGAGGAGGAACAUGGAAGUUGCUAGGUUCCGUAGUUUAUGCCCAUAGGCAGGAACUAAUUACUACGCUUUAUAUUGGCUUCCUGGGAUUGAUUUUUUCGUCAUUUUUAGUUUUUCUUGCCGAAAAAGAUGCAGAAAAUUCCAAAUAUAAAAAUUUUGCCGAUGCAUUAUGGUGGGGUGUGAUUACACUCUGUACUGUCGGGUACGGUGAUACCGUACCCAUCACGUGGCCUGGUAAAUUAAUAGCUGCCUUUUGUGCCCUUUUGGGCAUAUCUUUCUUCGCUCUGCCAGCCGGAAUAUUGGGAUCGGGUUUUGCACUAAAAGUGCAGCAGCAGCAACGUCAGAAGCAUAUGAUUAGGCGAAGGGUUCCGGCAGCAACUCUAAUUCAAUGCUUAUGGAGGUGUUAUGCAGCCGAUGAAAAUUCCAUGUCAGUAGCUACAUGGAAAAUUCAUCAGUUACCCCUUCCAAGUCCACCCGCUUAUACGACUUCUUCCUUUACAAGCACUAAACGCAGAGAUAGGCUGGAUCUACCACCCGGAGGGGGAAGUCUUUUCAAGCACAAUACUUCCUUCGUCAGUCGCCUAUCCACCAUUAGGAGACACAAGCAACCUAUGGCAACUCAUACACAUUCCCCCAUGCCCAGAAGUCGGUUCGGUGAUUCCAAUUCUUCCACAGACAACCUGGGUUCCCGUAUCCCAGCUAGCUACAGCGAAGACAGCGUGUCCAAAGAUGUCUCUGAUGCUUCCAAGCGCAACUCGGAUGGUAGAUAUCAAUUUUUUGCUUUCUAUCGACAGUUUGAGGUCAAAAAACCUUACGUUAAGCAUAUGGAAUGCGGUGCUUUGAUCAAAACAGAAGAAACAAACUGAUGUCAGGAAUAAUAUUAACAUAAACGACUCGGUAUUGAUUUUUCUCUCGAUGUUUAUGGCUCCUACGACGCUUUAAAACAUUUUAGAGGAGGAAACUUUUUCAACUUUCUUUUUUAUUUAAAAAAUAAGUAUUAAAUUUUUGAAAAAAAAAAUCAUGUGCAAUAUCAUUCAAUAACAAGACUUCGCGAGUCAAUUUCAUAGAUAAUAUCAGUGGCGUAUCCAGUAUUUUCAGACUAUGGGUGCUGUUAGGGGUCCAAGUCACGUUCUCCCCUGUCGUGUGAUUGAUUACCUUAUUUUAAUUACCUUAAAAUUACUUUUAGUUACUUAACUGAAGUCAUGCCAUAUAAAUUAUAUUUAUUUAUAUUUUAAAGUAAAAGGAUUGGCAUUAUAAGCAUCCUCCCCUGGAUACGCUCCUGGAUAAAAUGAUAUUGUUUUAUUAUGAAUUUCAGAGCAACAACCCUAGUUUGAAGAUUUAAAAAAAAAUAAGUAAAAUAAAAACUUCCUGCUAGGAAACUGCAAACUCUUCGAGAAAGUUUUGUGCUUGUUUGAUGUUUGUUAAUAAUUUCGUGUUUAUAAUAUUAAUAGUGAUUUAUUUGUAUAGUAAAUGUUAAUUUAUUGUUGCAUGUUAUGAUUGACCAGUGUUGUUUGUCUUUUCUCUUCCUUUUCUCGCAUGUCAUCCUUUCCUCUCCAAUAUCUGUGAUGUUCUGCAUGGUGCUACCUGAGAAUGUUUUCUGGAAGAGGCUGCUGCCCCAUGGGGUCUAUGCAACAUGCUGCAGAAAGAAUUCACUCAUCCACCUUUCGUUGCGUUGUCGCCCGUCUAUAAAUCCUGUGGCGAAGCAUUACCAGGUUUGCAGUGCUUAAAGCCUAUGGUCCGAAACAUUUAAGUGUGUAAUUGUUUAUAUUUGAUUUAAUAUCUAGAAUAAAUAUUACUUCUCUGUAAUAUAAAUUGUCUUCAAACGUUGGAAAUAGAAAAACACGUGUUUAAAAAGAAUAAUAUUAUAAUUAAUUGUUGGACAAGAACUAAGGCGGAGAUAGGAAAAAACCAGUUAAAAAGAAAAAAAAAAGAAUUCAUCUAGAAAUAUUCGAUUAAAUUUUAAUAUAA